AUGAGGCCACUGGAGACUGCCCGAUGCCCAGUGGAGAGCAGCAUGCGUUACCGCAAGAGACUAAAAGUGGAACUGCCUUAUGGGUGCUCGCUGGAAGACGGCCUCUGCAGACGGUGGGAGACCUGUGUCCACGACGGAGUGUUUGGAAGGUGCCAGAAGGUUCCGGUGACAGAUGUCUACCACUAUGAGGUGUCGCCGGGGGCCCAGCAGCGUCUGAGGGCCGCCCUGCUGCAGCUGUCCCGCGCAGGCUUCGCGUGGCAGGAUGACUACACGCAGCACGUGCUGGCCCGGGAGCUGGCCCAUGUCCCCCGAACCCACCUGCGACGUCCUGAUGCUGCCCACCUGGCCAGGAGCUGGAAGCUGAGAGCCGAGGACGAGAGGAGGCCCGGUCUGCAGGGCGACCACGUGCUGGCCACGGCCCUGGAGCACUCCCUGCUGUCACUGGAGGCCCUGUCCCCGGCUGUGGCCCUGGACCUGCUCCCCAGGAUGCAGCUGGGCGGGCGGGCAGUCCAGGGUGAGGGCCCCCAGGCCGACAGCGUGCUGACCUCCGCCCCUGCCUCCCGGACAAGGCACCCCAUGGGCCACCCUCUGCAGACCCUCAGCAGGCUCCCGCCGGGCGAGCUCAGCCCCAAGCGGACUCUGCUCAGGCAGCUGAUCGCCUACUUGGCCAUGAUAGCCCCCUCGCCCACCCCGGCGGGCCCCCUCGCGCCUGAUGACCUUCUGCGUGUGCCUUGGAGGAAACACGGGAAGCGGUUUUCGCCUUCAGAAGACCCCACCGAGCCCCUAGGCACCGGCGAUGACCCCAGAGCACGGGACGGCGGUGCUCACGGCCACGGAGAGGUCGGCCCUGUGAGCCUCAGUGGUGGGGACGUCCUGCAGGGCCCGGGGUCUCGACGCCCACCUGGAGCCCCUCCUGGAGCCCCUCUUGCCACCGGGAUCGAGCAGGCAGAGGGCCCCGCGGCUGCCUUGUCUUCGGAGGAGGACACCGCGGGGGUAGAGAACGUGAGGAGCCGGACCUACUCCACAGAGCUGCUGGCGAGGCCGCGCUCGGAGCCCAGGGCCCACGGGCUUGGGGAGUUCCCGCGCUGGGUCCCGGGGGCCUCGCAGGAGCAGGAGGGCCCCGGCCAUAGCCUGCGGCUGGAGGUCAAGUCUCCUGAGGAGGCCUAUGGCUACAUCGUGACCGAGAGCGACCCCCUGAGCCUGGAGAAGGGGAAGCAGCUGCUGGCGGACGUCACCGGCCUGCUCCAUGUGCCCACGAGCGUCCUCGCAGACACCGAGGUCCUGGGACCAGCUGUGACCUUCAGAGUGAGCGCCAACGUCCAGAACGUGACGCCUGCAGAUGUGGCGAAGGCAGCAGUCAGCAACAAGGACAAACUGGAAAGAUCGUCGGGACUGAGGAUUCUUCAAGCCGGAGUGGGGUCGAAAAGCAAGCUCAAGCUCCCACCUCGCCCCGCGGAGCAGGAGGACUCGGCCAAGUUCCUGGUGCUCACGCUGCUGUCCAUUGCUGCCAUCCUGGGCGUCCUGCUGGCCUCGGGGGUCAUCUAUUGCCUGCGCCACGACUCUCACCACAGGCUCAGGGAGAAGCUCUGGGGCCUGGCGGGCGACCCGGGCCCCGACGCCACUGCAGCCUACCAGGAGCUCUGCCGCCAGCGCAUGGCCGUGCACACCUCUGACCGCCCGGAGGCCCCACACGUGUCACGCAUCAACAGCGUGUCCUCGCAGUUCAGCGAUGGGCCGAUGCCCAGCCCUUCUGCGCGGAGCAGCACCUCGUCCUGGUCCGAGGAGCCGGUGCUGCCCAACAUGGACAUCUCGACCGGCCACAUGGUCCUGGCCUACAUGGAGGACCACCUGAGGAACAAGAACCGGCUGGAGAAGGAGUGGGAGGCGCUGUGCGCGUACCAGGCGGAGCCCAACAGCUCGCUGGUGGCCCAAAGGGAGGAGAACGCGCCCAAGAACCGCUGCCCAGCAGUGCUGGCCUAUGACCACUCCCGGAUCCUGCUGAAGCCGGAAAACAGCCACAGCAACUCGGACUACAUCAACGCCAGCCCCAUUAUGGACCAUGACCCCAGGAGUCCGGCGUACAUUGCCGCCCAGGGACCACUGCCCGCCACUGUGGCCGACUUCUGGCAGAUGGUGUGGGAGAGCGGCUGUGUGGUCCUCGUCAUGCUGACCCCGCUGGCGGAGAACGGCGUCCGGCAGUGCUACCACUACUGGCCCGACGAGGGCUCCAACCUCUACCACAUCUACGAGGUGAACCUGGUCUCUGAGCACAUCUGGUGCGAGGACUUCCUUGUGCGGAGCUUCUACCUGAAGAACCUGCAGACCAACGAGACACGCACGGUGACCCAGUUCCACUUCCUGAGCUGGUAUGACCAGGGCGUGCCGUCCUCCACGCGGUCCCUCCUGGACUUCCGCAGAAAAGUAAACAAGUGCUACAAAGGCCGCUCUUGUCCAAUAAUUGUUCACUGCAGCGAUGGCGCGGGCAGGAGCGGCACCUACAUCCUGAUCGACAUGGUUCUCAACAAGAUGGCCAAAGGCGCUAAAGAGAUCGACAUCGCAGCCACCCUGGAGCACCUGAGGGACCAGAGGCCAGGCAUGGUCCAGACCAAGGCGCAGUUCGAGUUCGCGCUGACAGCGGUGGCCGAGGAGGUCAACGCCAUCCUCAAGGCCCUUCCCCAGUGAGCGGCCCGCAGCCCGGCCGCCAGCCCGCGGGGAGGCACGGCGUCAAUUAAGUGUCUCCAGUGUAACUGCCUAGUAAUAAUCCCAUAGUCACUACAGCUUAGCAGUUAAAAAUGUGUAUUUUUGUUCAAUUAAAUAAUAAUGAAGAGAGGUUUGUGGGAUCGUCCGGUUUGGGGGGCAAACUGUCCAUCUAUCCUCACCGUCUUGAAAAGAAUUCCAUUUUCCUUAAAACUCAGUUCUCACUCUCAAUCGCAAAUACUAUUGUGUUUCUACUGCGCGGCUCACGUAUGUGUGCUCCUGGGAGUCGGCUUGUGACCUGUAACUUCCCAGGUCAUCGGCCGCGGGGGGAGGGGGCGGGGGGCCACCAGGCACAGAACGGGUGCCGCUUGUCAUUAGGAGGCUCCUCCGAGGAGAGACCAGGGCCUGUCAGGAGCGAGAUGGACAGAACUGGUGACCUUCUGCAGCUUUGGGACCAAUAAUAACGAAAUUGUCCCAGCAUCCUUCCUGCUCUGGGCAGCUGCCCUCCCCUGAGCACUGCUCACCGCCACCACCCUCCCCCGCUGCGGGGGGCAGGGCCCCAGGGGCAAGCACUUCCCAGCCACGCAGGGGGUGACAGGUCGCCUCGGCAAGGUCCUAGGUGAGCCCCAACCUUGGGAGCGUUUUCAGCUGUGGAAACGGGUUUACACACAGCAGACACCGACGAACACUUUCCUGCGGGAAAGCCUUCAUCAGGGGAACCGAUCGGGCGUGGGGCCCUCUCGAGGUUCCCAAAGAGCCCACGUCCCGUCAGCGCCCCUCUCACGGGCGCCCUGGAGCUGCUGGCGUCCAGAGACCGCGCCGCCCCCCACGCCUCUCCUCUACGUGAGAGCAGAGCAGCUGCGAGCGGAGACCGCCAGCGCCUCCCGGCAGGUCGGACCCGGCCGCUGAGGUUGGCACUGCUGUCACAGACCAGCCGCUGGAGGUGGUGCAGGUUUGCCAACAUGGCCGUGUCAGCCUGACUACCCCGUGCCAGAGAGAGAAGAAUCGAGUCAUUAACAGGACAGCCAGGUCUGAGAACGGCGGCUGCACGCGCAAGUGUCAUCCUGGGGUUGGGUGCAAAGGGGCAGUGUGGCCCCGUCCCCUCCCGCACCUGCCCGGCUCCAGCCCCAGCAGAUGCCACAGGACUUGAGAAAGUGACCUGCCCAACGGGAGAAAGAUGCCAAAAUAUCGUUUGUGUCUUUAAUGUUGUCGUGUGUGCGUGUGCUGUAAAGUCGCUGUAAUUUCCCCAGAGCUAUUUCUCUACCUGGAAAUCUACAUGAUUCACAGAGGCUAACUUAUCUGAACAUAAGGAAGCAUAUACCGGCUGUAACUCCAGCUUCUGAGGUUCCCAGGGCACCUGCGCUGUGGGGGUGUAUUCAUCCAAUUGAGCCGCAUUAAAGUGCCGCUUCCACACGCAAUGGUCUCUA